GCGGCGCCCCGGGGCCGGGCGGCGGCGCGGCCCCAGCCACCGGCGCGACGGCCGCCGCCAAGGAAAGUCAAGACUGUUUAAACUUGAAGGGUGCUUGGACAAAUCUAGGACACCUGUUAAAUUGGAUCAAGCUGGAACUCUUGUGAAAAGCAGAGCAUUCACUUCCUGGUUGUUGGGGAAAGAUUCUGCUUUCAGAUUAUCUGAGAUGGUGACUUGAAAAAUCAAGUUUUCCAAUAUGAACAAAGUAAAAGCAUCAUCUGAGAAAAGUGUUUCUACUAGUUCUCGGACUAUGUCUCUGCUGUCACAGCUGGAGAAGAUCAAUUCAGAUUUCUUAGUAGGAGAAGUAGACAACGCCAGAUAUGUUACCUCAAAGAUCCUUCAUCUGGUUCAGAGUCAAGAAAAAACUAGGAAAGAGAUGACUUCUAAGGGUUCCACCGGAAUAGAAGUUAUCCUUUCAACCCUAGAGAAUACAAGAGAUCCUCAAACUACUUUAAAUAUAUUGAAUAUUCUCAUCGAGUUAGUCUCAAUUGCUGGUGGUCGAAGAGCAAGCAUCUUAGUCGCUAAAGGAGGGACACAGAUCUUGUUGCAGUUGCUUUUGAAUGUCAGCAAAGACUCUCCACCAAAUGAGGAGUUAAUGGUGCUUCUUCACACCCUUCUUGCAAAAAUAGGUCCAAAAGAUAAAAAGAUUGGCAUGAAAGCUAGAAUUAAUGGUGCCCUAAACAUAUCAUUGAAUUUGGUGAAGCAUAACUUGCAGAACCACAGGCUGAUACUGCCAUGUCUUCAGGUAUUAAGAGUUUACUCAUCCAACUCUGUAAAUGCAGUAUCAUUGGGAAAAAAUGGAGUAGUAGAACUGAUGUUUAAGAUCAUUGGUCCUUUCAGUAAAAAGAAUACUAGCCUUAUGAAGGUUGCUUUAGACACACUUGCUGCAUUGCUAAAAUCAAAGACAAACGCCAGGAGAGCAGUAGACAGAGGAUAUGUACAUGUGCUGUUAACGAUUUAUGUAGAUUGGCACCGUCAUGAUAGUCGACAUAGAUAUAUGCUGAUACGUAAAGGCAUUUUACAAUGCAUUAAAAGUGUUACAAACAUCAAAUUAGGAAGGAAAGCAUUCAUUGAUGCCAAUGGGAUGAAAAUUCUUUACAACACUUCACAAGAGUGCCUUGCAGUAAGAACUCUUGAUCCCCUCGUCAAUACAUCCAGCUUAAUAAUGAGAAAAUGUUUUCCUAAAAAUCGUCUUCCUUUACCUACUAUUAAAAGUGCUUUCCAUUUCCAACUGCCAGUUAUACCUGCUAAUGGUCCUGUUGCUCAGCUGUACAGUUUACCUCCUGAAGUAGAUGAUGUGGUGGAUGAAAGUGAUGACAAUGAUGAUGCUGAAGCAGAAUCAGAAAUUGAAAUUGAAAAUGAAGAUGACAAGGAUCAACAUUUUAAGAAUGACGAUAUUGAGACUGAUAUUAAUAAAUUGAAACCUAGACAGGAAUUGGGGAGACCUGUAGAAGAACUGAAAAUAUAUGAGCAAUUUUUCCCAGAACUUACAGAAAAUUUUCAGGAAUGUGACUUAGUCUCCAAGGAGCCAAAGCCUUUUCGAUCUGAUGCAAAUUUAGGUGGGCCAAUUGUUGUUCCUACAGCAGGAGAGGAGCACUGUGCAGAACCAAACCCAUCAGUAAAAGGAGUUUCUCUGAAAGAGAGCAAUUUUUUAUUGACAGAGGAAUACAAUAAAAGGCCAGCCUUUCUAGAACUGCCAAAGAAAGAUAGUAACAAAGACAGCAGUUUGUAUCAGCAAAAUGAUCAAAGGAAGCUGCUGCCAUCAUGCCAGUGUCUAAGCCAAGAAAUUGUGAAAGGUUUGGACAGAAUCACUCUGCAGAACAGUGCAAAGAAUCAACAGAAUUGUGGUGCGGGGUUUGUAAUAAAGAAGGAGAGCAAAACUAGCCUUACCACACUUGCUUGUAGUAAACCUUGUGAACAUGUUUCACCUUGUGGAAGUAGCCUCUUUGAGGGAUCAUCUGUCCAGCUGGGAAAACUAUGCUGCACUGGAGUGGAUUCAGAGGAGGAUGAUGAUUCCAGCUCAAGUUCAUCAGGGGAACAAGUGAUGCUUGAAGUUUCGGAUGUAUCACCAGUUCAUGACUCUGAUCUUUAUAUAGAAAUGGUAAAAACCACAAAAUCUAUUCCUGAAUAUUCAGAAGUGGCCUAUCCGGAUUAUUUUGGCCAUAUUCCACCCGCAUAUAAGGAGCCUAUUCUGGAAAGGCCUUAUGGGGUGCAGAGGACAAAAAUCUCUCAAGAUAUUGAAAGAUUGAUUCAUCAAAAUGACAUUAUAGAUAGAGUUGUGUAUGACCUUGAUAAUUCUAGUUAUUCGGUACCUGAGGAAGCAGAUGUUUUGAAGUUUAAUUCCAAAUUUGAAUCUGGAAACCUGCGCAAAGUUAUUCAGAUCAGAAAAUACGAGUAUGAUCUAAUUCUGAACUCGGAUAUAAAUAGCAAUCAUUAUCAUCAGUGGUUUUACUUUGAAGUCAGUGGAAUGAAAACUGGUGUUGGUUAUCGGUUUAACAUCAUUAACUGUGAAAAGUCAAACAGUCAAUUUAACUACGGUAUGCAACCCCUAAUGUAUUCUGUUCAAGAAGCAUUAAAUUCUAGACCAUGUUGGACUCGUGUUGGGACAGAUAUUUGUUACUACAAGAAUCAUUUUUCAAGAAGUUCAAUUGCUGCUGGGGGGCAGAAAGGAAAAUCUUACUAUACAAUUACAUUCACGGUGACUUUCCAACAUAAAGAUGAUGUCUGCUACUUUGCUUACCAUUAUCCAUAUACAUACUCAACCUUAAAGAUGCAUCUACAGAAAUUGGAAUCCAUCCACAACCCUCAACAGAUAUAUUUUCGACAAGAUGUUCUCUGUGAGACACUGGCUGGCAACAGUUGUCCAUUAGUCACUAUUACAGCCAUGCCAGAGUCAAAUUACUAUGAACAUAUCUCUCAGUUCAGGAAUCGUCCUUAUAUUUUCCUAUCUGCUCGUGUACAUCCUGGAGAAACGAAUGCAAGCUGGGUUAUGAAGGGAACACUGGAAUAUCUUAUGAGCAAUAAUCCAAGUGCCCAAAGUUUACGAGAAUCUUACAUUUUCAAAAUUAUUCCCAUGCUCAAUCCAGAUGGUGUCAUCAAUGGAAACCAUCGUUGCUCUUUAAGUGGAGAAGACUUAAACAGACAGUGGCAAAAUCCAAAUCCAGAUCUGCAUCCUACAAUUUACCAUGCCAAGGGCUUACUGCAGUACCUGGCUUCUAUAAAACGUUUACCACUAGUCUACUGUGAUUAUCAUGGUCAUUCUCGUAAAAAGAAUGUAUUUAUGUAUGGCUGCAGCAUCAAAGAGACAAUGUGGCACACUAAUGUUAGUGCAUCCUCUUGUGACCUGAUUGAAGACCCUGGUUACCGGGCACUCCCUAAGAUCCUCAGUCAGACUGCCCCAGCAUUCUGUAUGGGCAGCUGCAGCUUUGUGGUGGAAAAGUCCAAGGAAUCAACAGCACGAGUUGUUGUCUGGAGAGAGAUAGGAGUACAGAGGAGCUACACAAUGGAAAGCACUUUAUGUGGAUGUGACCAGGGCAAAUACAAGGGAUUGCAGAUAGGGACAAGAGAACUGGAGGAGAUGGGAGCCAAGUUCUGUGUUGGCUUACUGCGUUUAAAAAGACUGGCCUCGCCUUUGGAAUACAAUCUGCCUUCUAGUCUGUUGGAUAUUGAAAGUGAGCUGAUUGAGUCAAGCUGUAAGGUGACAAGCCCUACUACAUACGUUUUGGAUGAAGAUGAGCCUCGCUUCCUUGAAGAAGUUGAUUACAGCGCAGAGAGCAAUGAUGACCAAGACAUUGAAUUAGCUGAUAAUGUAGGUGAUUAUGAUGCCGGUAAUCAAGAAGAUGGACUUUCAGACUCAGAAUCAACAAGAACACUCCUUUCUUGAACCAUCCUUGCAGCCAGUAAUAGAAAUAAAGUACCCUGGAUUUUCAGAGUCAUACUUCCUCACUCUUGUCUGUCAAGAGAAUUGGAUUAAGGAGAUGCACAUAACUGGGGCCUGUCUAGUUCAGAGACAAUAAAUGUUUCUGAUCUAUGAUAAAAUGGCCUUUGUUUUAUUUAAGGAAUUCUGCACUUUCACUUAGCACUGACUAAACAAAUUUCUUUACCGGUUUAUUUUCUACUGAAUAAUAAUUGCAUGCCAUUUGCUGUUUUUAAACUCUGUUAUCAACAAAUGGAUUAUAAUAUGUGGUGUGUCAGAGUGCAGAAGCUAAUUCUUUGUGGUGCAGUUGAGUUGCUUCCUGGAAAAUCCAUAUGUACAGAUUUUUUAAAUUAAUGUGUGUGUGUGUGUGUAUGCGUGUGUGUGUGUGUUCUGAGAGGAAUUUAUUUUUCAAAUUAUGUUAAAGGAUAUUUGAUUGUGUUUGAAAUAAUGUAGUGCCUGCUCUGAAACCAUUUAACAAUUACUAAAUUAAAAAUGAAAAAAAAAUGUAUGAAUAGUUGCACUUGUUUCUUGCUUCUCUGAGGAUUAUAUGGUUUUACAAAAGUAUUAAGUCAAACUGUGUAAUGUCUGUUCACAGUUCAGGAGUUCUGCAUGCAGACCAGCUCUAGCCUUUGCUUACAAGAAUUACACAUUUGUAUAAGAAUAUUCCACAUAAUAUAGCCAUCUCUUGUGAGGGAGGGAUGCAUCACCUAAGUCACAGUUUAAUAUGAACUUUUAAAAAGUUCUUAUAGCCAUAAGAAGAGGUUAGAUAAAUACAUUGUGUAUAUAUUCAGCUAUUCAGUUCAGUUUUUCUCGUCUAACACACACACACAGUUAAAAAGAGUUCAAUUUAAGUGGGCUAUGUUAACUGUAUACCCAAAUUUAAAUGCUUUUGGAGGGAAGGUCUGCUUUGAUUUAAACUUCUCUUACCUCAUAUGAAUUCAGUUUAGAUACUGCUUUGAGCAGAAAGUUGGACUAGAUAACGUCCCAGGGUCCCCUCCAACAUGAAUUAUUCUGUGAUUCUGUGUUGUCCGUGUUUAAAAUCAAACUGUCAUGGUGUGGGUUUUACCUUCUCUUUAUCAUCUACCGAUUCUUAUUCCCCCUCAUCUCUACUUACAAUAAGAUCUAAUACAGAAAUGAAGUUGCAUCCCAUUGUUUACAGAACUGACAUAUUUUGCUGUGAAAAAUAUAUUUCCAAAAUUAUUUUUAUUUAAUGUGACCCAAUUCUGGCAUUCAUUUUAUGUUGCAUGUGCAAAGGCUUUAAAAGCAUAAAGAAUAAUGCUUUUAAAUUAUAGCAGGUUUUUAAGUGAUGUGAACUUUGUGUAUGCUUACUGCUGCAAAUGAAAUGUUAUUUUUGGAGAGGAAAAGUGCCUUUGGUAGAAAGACUAAAAAAAAAAAAAAAAUCGAGAACUGCAUUUGUCAGAGAUUUGCAAUGGGGAGAUGGUCUUUCACCAGUUAUCAGCUAGUUCACAUGCAGCAUUGGUUGAUGGUUCCUGAUUGAUAGGCUUACCGUCUUGAUUCUGAAAUUGGGGUAGGAUUUUUGAUUUCGCUUUUCAGUGAUAUGCUGCUGUACUUUUGUUUAAAGGCUUAAAUUUAUGUUAAUCAUGAACCGCAAGAUGUAAGAAUAUAAUGGAACCACUUGCAUUCUCAUACAUGUUUAAGUCUAACUAAAAUGGCCAUUGUUUAUGUUCUUUGAACUACAUACUCUUAAGUAUGAAAAUUUAUUUAAUGUCCUGUUGAAGAGGAAUACUUUGCCAUGAAAUGACAAUCAGAAGUAGGUGUUGUGAGUUUUGGCAAUCUGCCAAAACGAAGGAUUACCUUACAGAAUUUGAAAAAUCUGUAUAUCAGCCCAGUGGAAGUAGUAGAGAAUGCUCAUAUUGCUGUGUCAAUAUUAUACCAAUUCUCUGUAUAAAUAGAUCUUCACCCUUAAGGUUUCUUACUGCAGUACCUUCCACAACUAAUUCAGACUUAAGUUUCAGGGAGUGUGGGAUUCAUUAGAAGUAGCAUCAUAGUGCAUUUCUCCUUAGUUUUCAUAUAAAUCUAUAUUUACCCUGGAGCACGUUUUUCAUAUUACAGGCAAGACUAGAAGUGCAGUUGGAAAUCAAUUCAAUUUUAGCAGUACAAAAUCACCUUCAGUGUUCAUCCGAAAUGAAUAUGCAUACAUAUUUUUUCUUAUCUUCCCCGACUUUUAGUCUGUGCAAAAAAGGUGUUAUGAAUGGCUUAUGUAACAACUCAGGAUAACAGCCACAUUCCUUAAAUAAUGUUGUAUGUAUAAUUAGGUUCCUAUUUUAAACUGGGAAUUAUGGGCCUGAACUUCUAACAGUGUAGUUCAUAUGCAGAGAUGAAACUGUGUCCCUACCUUGCAUGCUCUUGAAAAUACAAAGGCUGCAUCUUAAAAAUUUUACUGUACUUAUCUAGGUACAGUAUUCUGAAAGGCUGAAUCUCGGUUUAUGCUCAGAGGCACAGUGGUUCAUAGGAAGAACCACCACAGUCCUAGCUGUUUCACAGGUCUUACUGCUCUACUAAAUGUUACCACUCUUGCAACAAUGUUGGCAGACACAUGCAUGUGUCCUGCCUUGUCUGGUUUGGUGGGAAGUCUAGUGGUUUAGCUGUAACUGGAAUAGCUUAAACACAUACUCCAUUCUGUUACUCGGGCACUUAUUCCUGAUAAAUGGACAGAAUGGAUAGCAGAGAAUGACAAUGUUUUGAACUGUCACAACUCAGUUGUCUAGCAUUGCCUGACCCUGACAAUUCACUGUCAUUAUUUUACACGUUGGUGUUUCUUUAAUGUGUUCCUGCUUUUGAAUGAGGCAUGACUGAGUCUCCACAGAAAAAGAAGUUUUUCUUACAUUUUUCAAGUAAUAAUAACAAAUAAGAUAGAAACAUUAAUAAUUACAUGUUAUUUACUGUUUUGCUUCGAAAAUAGUUGCUAACUGAUGAAUUCCUUUAUUCCUGUUCUAGUUCAGAUUGUAGCACAAAUUUGGUGUUUUGUCUUCAUUGAUAACAUCCCUUGGUGUAAUGUAACUUUCAACUGAGAUUGCAGUUUUACGCCAAAAUCUUGUUUGAUAGUUCUUUGGAGGAGGAUUGUUGCAUCAGCCUGGCAUAUUACGGAGAAUAUGGUUUUAAUCUCAAGUUUACUGCAGUAGCAGUAAAGGAGGUUCACAAAAUGCAAGAAUUCCAGGUUUCGGAUAGUUUCCAUUGUAAUGCUGUGAUAGAUAUAAUUGUGGGAAUGUUAUUAUGCAUGCCCCAAAUAAAAAUACUUGUUAAUAAAAAUAUACAAUAAAGGAUUAAUUACAAUCA